AUGUCCGGUCUCGAGAAAGCGCUCUUCAACUUGAAGUUCACCGCGAAACAACUCAACAGACAAGCAGCCAAAGCUAGCAAAGACGAGAAGACAGAGAAGGACAAGCUGAAGAAGGCAAUCCAACAGGGCCACAAUGACAUCGCAAAGAUCUACGCACAGAACGCAAUCCGCAAACAGAACGAGCGCCUGAAUCUACUGAGACUGGGAAGCCGUAUCGAUGCGGUUGCUAGUCGGGUGCAGACAGCUGUGACGAUGAGGCAGGUUACGGGUAGUAUGACGAAUGUAGUGAAAGGAAUGGACCAGGCUAUGAAAGCUAUGGACUUGGAGAAGAUAUCUGCCGUAAUGGACCGCUUCGAAACGCAAUUCGAAGACCUCGACGUCGCAACCGGCUACUACGAGAACGCCACCACAUCCGCAACCGCAGUUGGCACGCCGCAAGAAGACGUCGACAGGCUGAUGAACCAGGUUGCGGAUGAGGCGGGCGUAGAACUACAUCAGGAAAUGGAAGGUGCGAAGGCGGUGGCUGCUGCGCCGGUGAAGAGUGGUCCGAUGGAGGUGGAGGAGGAUGGCUUGGGAGAGAGAUUGAGAGCUUUGAGAUCGUAG